AUGGAGGCGACGUUGACGAUGACUUCGGCCAAAUCGGAGGAGGCGCUGCACGCGCGGGAGCUGGGCCCCGACGACAUUGCUUGGCCAGCCGAUGUUGGCACCGAGGAAGACGGCGCCAUCGUGCAGGCCGCUGGCGCGGUGGAUGAGGAUGAAGGAGGCGAGGGGUCGGUCGCCGUUGAGAGCGACGAGGUCGUUCUUGCGCGCUUGCGUUGGAUGCGAGCUUUGGAGGUCGGCUACGUCUUCCGCUGCGGGGUCUGCGUCGGUCAGCUGUCGCAGGGGGGGGCCUCUCUCAAUGGGUGCAGGCACGCUGUGUCGCAGAAGGUCGGCGAGCGAGCGAUCAUGCUCGGACUUGCCCCAGGCCAGGACGUGCCGG